GUUUUUCCCAGAGGGUUUCUGCAGCAUAUAGCCCUGGUUGAACAGCACACAUCAUGCUCGGAUUUUUCCUGUUGCCUGGCUAGUGACCCCCCUACAGGAAGAUAACAGACAUGCCAGGAGGGCGGAGCAGCUUGCUACACAUGUCUGGCUGCUCUUAUCAACUUAUCAUAUAAGGAAAGGAAAGUGAUUGAUUCGGAUCCUGACACCGCAGAAUCUGGAGGAAGAGAAACAAAGCAGCAUUAACACCGGUCUGUAAAGUGAAUACAGCCCUCAGGAGUGAGCAGGGUUAUUCUUUCUACUGCCAUCUGACAGUUCACUUGCAGGACCGACCCACCGGAGGGAAGACAGCAUUAACAAUCAAGUUCCUGCUGGAAAGGGAGGGAAGAGACUCCCACUGAUGGUCCUUAAACCAUGGCCGCAGAGCCCCGCAUCUGAGAGGGCAGCUUAGGACCGGGAUUCCCAUGUGCCUUCGAGUUUGCUAAGCUGCUGGUUUAUUACCAAAAGAAAGAAAGAAUGUGGCAGAUUGUUUUCUUUACUUUGAGCUGUGAUCUUGUCCUAGCCGCAGCCUAUAACAACUUUCGGAGAAGCAUGGACAGCGUCGGGAGAAGGCAGUAUCAGGUUCAGCACGGAGCCUGCAGCUACACUUUCCUCCUGCCAGAGACAGACAACUGUCGCUCUUCUAGCUCCUACGUGCCCAACGCCGUGCAGAGGGACGCACCACUAGAUUACGAUGACUCGGUGCAGAGGCUGCAAGUGCUAGAGAACAUCAUGGAAAACAACACUCAGUGGCUAAUGAAGCUUGAGAAUUACAUCCAGGACAACAUGAAGAGAGAAAUGGUAGAGAUGCAACAGAAUGCGGUACAGAACCAGACCGCUGUGAUGAUAGAAAUAGGAACAAACCUACUCAAUCAAACAGCAGAGCAAACACGAAAGUUAACAGACGUUGAAGCACAAGUAUUAAAUCAGACAACAAGACUUGAACUUCAGCUUCUGGAACAUUCCCUUUCCACCAACAAAUUGGAAAAACAGAUUUUGGAUCAGACCAGUGAAAUAAACAAAUUGCAAGAUAAGAACAGUUUCCUGGAAAAGAAAGUACUAGACAUGGAAGACAAGCAUAUAGUUCAACUACGGUCAAUUAAAGAAGAGAAAGAUCAGCUCCAGGUGUUAGUAUCCAAGCAGAAUUCCAUCAUUGAAGAACUAGAAAAACAACUGGUGACCGCCACAGUGAAUAAUUCAGUUCUCCAAAAGCAGCAACAUGAUCUGAUGGAGACAGUUCAUAAUUUAUUGACUAUGAUAUCAACGUCAAACUCAGCUAAGAACUCCUUUGAUGUUAAGGAAGAGCAAGUCAUUUUCAGAGACUGUGCGGAAGUAUUCAAGUCAGGACUGACAACCAACGGCAUCUACACGCUCACGUUCCCUAAUUCCACAGAGGAGAUCAAGGCAUACUGCGACAUGGAAACCUCUGGAGGUGGGUGGACGGUCAUUCAGCGGCGUGAAGAUGGCAGUAUUGAUUUUCAGAAGACUUGGAAAGAAUAUAAAGCGGGAUUUGGGAACCCUUCCGGUGAACACUGGCUGGGAAAUGAGUUUGUUUCCCAAGUGACCAAUCAACGGCCCUAUGUGCUUAAAAUACACCUUAAAGACUGGGAAGGGAAUGAGGCGUACUCACUGUAUGAACAUUUCUAUCUCUCCGGUGAAGAACUUAAUUACAGGAUUCACCUUAAAGGACUUACAGGGACGGCCGGCAAAAUAAGCAGCAUAAGCCAACCAGGAAAUGAUUUUAGCACAAAGGAUGCAGACAACGACAAAUGUAUUUGCAAAUGUUCACAAAUGCUCACAGGAGGCUGGUGGUUUGAUGCAUGUGGUCCCUCCAACUUGAACGGAAUGUACUACCCACAGAAGCAGAACACAAAUAAGUUCAACGGUAUUAAGUGGUACUACUGGAAAGGCUCAGGCUACUCGCUCAAGGCCACAACCAUGAUGAUCCGACCAGCAGAUUUCUAGAUGCCUGCACACACCUGAGGAGUGGUGGCCGACUACUCUUAUUUUCAGAGACCUAAUCCUGAAGCUUUAAAAGACAAGGCUGCAUACUGUGCCCUCGUCCACCUCAGAGAGGCAGCAUGCGCUCAGGUGCCACAGGGAUCCACGAGCUCCAGCUUAGAGCCCCGUAAAACCUCCUCACUCAAACCUGCAUCACUCAUGCACCGACGCACAGCCCUGGUAUUGUGACCUGGUAGAAUGCCUAUGUGAAGAUAAAUCUAAGCCUGCAAAUUUAAGACUGACAAUUUACAGACUCUGUUGUCACAACCAAGAAUGUUGUGCCGGCUUCAUCCGUAAAUAACUGGAAAACAGAACACUUAGGCUACACAGUAGAGAUAACCUUGGAGCUACAUUUUUCUAAGCCCUGUUUAUAGAUUGUGUAAAUAUCCAUAUGUCCUGAAUUCAGCACCACUAUCAUAACUGAAAGGAAGAAAAAAAUCUCUAAGCCAUAAAAAUAUAUUAUAUAUUCAGGGAUUUUUCUGGGAAGUGCUUAUUUGCAGUUUAAUACUUGGAGAAAGAAAAAACAUAGUUAACGCAUUUUUGCUCCUCCUCUUAGGUGCUUUAAACUUUCAUUUUGAAAUCAGCAUAUUUACGAACGUGUUGACAGCAUAGUUUUAAGUUAAUGCUCAAAUAUAUAUUUCAAGUUUAAAUGGUGAAAACUUCCAGGAUCUCUGAAAUUAAUAGAAAUGUGUGUUCUUUCAGUUUAUAUGAAGAUUGUACUAUUUUUUUUCUGCCUGGCUGUUAAAUAUGAAGGUAUUUUUAGUAAUUAAAUAUAAAUUAUUAGAUAAUUAACAUUUAACCUUCAUGAUAAUACGAUUUUGUGAUUUGAUUCGGAAACAACUGAUUGUGCCUCAUGACAAGGAAAGAUUCGAUUUUUAAUGAUGAAGAAAAUUAUACAUUUAAUUCCAUGACAAAGAGACUUUACUAUGUUUUCCUCACUAUUCUAUUACAAAGGUCUUUUUUUUUUCUAUUAAGUUAUACUUUAGAGAAGUAGGCUACAGUUUAGUUUGUGGUUGAAAAAACCUUUUAUUUAAAGCACAUACAAAGCUAGAUUCACCCCUAAAGUCUUUUUUUUUUUUUAAUGUCCACCAGCACACUUAAAAAAAAAAGCAUUUUGGAGUGCAAAACCAAAAUCUGAUGUUUAUAAUAGAUUCAAAUCUUUACAGAAAAUUCUGAGAGCAUGGAUUUAAGCUCAGGGCUGAAAAACUUUAAACCCCUAGAGUUUUAACUCCAUUUGAAGUUUUCAUAGUACAAUUAACACUAAUGUACCUCGUGUAAUGCUUUAUAAUUUGGAAGCAAUUUCUCAUGUAUUUACCUUGGAGUCAGCUGCUGCUAGGAAGCUAAGGGCCAAAUUUGAAACCAGCAGUUACUUCACGUCUGUCUUCACCUUAUGGGGUUCUUCAACUAUGUUUUUUCUUUAUUCCGUUUUUUCUUAUGUAAUUUAUUUUCCCUCUAUAUGCCUCCACCCCAACUUCGUUUGAGAAUACUAAUAUUUGUUGCGUGUUUCAAGUCAGUUUAUGGACUCUGGAAGAGUCCGGCACGCCACUUUCUCUACCACUUCACUGUGCUUCCCCGACAAAUAUAUUGAGGAAAGAACCUCCCCAUUUUUGAACAGUCUCUCUUGUUACAUUUAAGUAGGCUUUAUAAAUUCAACAGAGCACAGCUUUGUACCAAGUUAAAACAUUAUCUGGUAAUAAGAAGAUAUCUCCACUGCAAAAGAAACCCUAAGUUUCUGUGAUGUCUCGAUGACCACACGGCAGACACUGAGGUGGACCAGUGAUAAGAUGGGAAAAAUUGGCAACAGCAUACUUGAUACCGUGUGCCCACGCCGGCAGGUGAAAUGCGUUUCAAAGACACGCCGCACUGUGUUACACAGAGUUAUGCAUACUCUCUUAUGACAGAGAGUAGGGGGGAUUUGUGUCUUUACACUUCAAUUCCUUAUGUGGUACAUCAAACAGAGUCUUGCCAAGAGGAAUGUUUUUUCUCCUUAAGAAAAUAUUUAUAAAGUGGAGGGAAAAUCAAAACGAUAAUCUUAAAAAUGAAAAUAAAAGCAACCCAACAACCUAGAUAAAUGAGUGAUGAGAGGGUAACGUCCUACGCAUACUUCAAAUAACAGCAAAUAACACCAGCCCUGGUCAUAGAUAAAAAUUGCCACUUCUCUCUGAGGUAUUAAUCUUCCAAAAGCAUAAACUGUGUCACAAACCAGGUAACUUUUUUGAAAAUGAAAGCCAACAUCUACAUGAUCCUGCUUCCAAUUAAACCUGAAAUUACCUAUUUGUUACUUAAUCUUUUAAAAAAUUAGAACUUCCAUUAAGCAUUCAAAAUAUUUAAAAUUUAAAAUGCAGUAAAGUUGAAGCUGCAUUUGGGAAGAGCAUCAGAACAUAAAGACCACAUCAUGUUGCCAGCAGGCCAUGACUUUUAUACCUAUCAGUUCUAUCUCUAAGAGCAGUAACAGCUUUAUUUCUUAAAGCAGUAAAUAAGACAUCAUACCAUCUCAAGAAUCUAGUCCUUUUUCAUUUCUUCUUUUUCUCAAUCCUGAGGACUUUCAUAAUUAAAAUUCUUUAAGAUUUCAUUCCAUACGAUUUUUUGCAGAAUAUUCUCACAUUCCCACAUUUGUUCUCACAAACGGAUAAAAAAGUAUUAUGAAAAGUUCUAUGAAAAUGUGUUUUUAACUGCGAGCAUAAUCGGUCUUGACUUAA